AUGGAGGAGAACGAGCAGCACCUGGGCGACGGAGGUGCCGAGCCGCCGCCUCCGCAGCCGCCGGAGGAGGCCAGCAGCGGCAGCGACGGCGAGGCCAGCCGAAGGAGGGCCCUGCUUGUGCCCCGCGUGCUCCAGGCUCCGGGCAAUCACCCGCACCCGCCGCACCGCAUCACCAACUUCUUCAUCGACAACAUCCUCCGCCCGGAGUUCGGCCGCAAGAAGGACGACGGCAGCGGCGGCGGCGGCGACGGCAGCGGCAGCAACAGCCCGGAGCCGCGGCGGCGGCGACAGCAACAGCCGCCGCCACCGCAGCAGCAGCAGCAGCAGCCACCGCAUCUGCUGGGCGCCAGGAGUCCGUCGGCAGCUCCGGCCGCGGGUUCCCUGGCCGAAGGAGGCGACGGCGGCAGCGGCGGUCCCAAGACUGGGGUCCCCGCCAAAAAGGGAAGCGACUGCGGGGAGCUCGUCGGAGCCUUGAAGUCCGGCGGCGGCGGGGACUUGUCGCUCAGCUCAGAUUCGGACAGCUCGCAGGCCAGUUCAUUUCCCGGUGGUCAGCCCAUGCUGUGGCCGGCCUGGGUCUACUGCACCCGCUACUCAGACAGGCCUUCCUCAGGCCCCCGAUCGCGGAAACCAAAGAAGAAGAGCGCGAGCAAGGAGGACAAGCGGCCCCGGACGGCCUUCACCGCGGAGCAACUGCAGAGACUCAAGGCGGAGUUUCAGACGAACAGGUACCUGACGGAGCAGCGGCGCCAGAGCCUGGCUCAGGAGCUCAGCCUCAACGAGUCCCAGAUCAAAAUCUGGUUUCAGAACAAGCGGGCCAAAAUCAAGAAAGCCACCGGCAGCAAGAACUCCCUGGCCGUGCACCUCAUGGCGCAAGGGCUCUACAACCACUCCACCGCCUCGAAAGACGGCAAGUCCGACAGCGAGUAG